AGCACCAUAGAAAUUUAUCCAUCUUUUUUGGAGAACAACACAAAUCAUUUUGGUAAAAACUAAUGGCAUGCAUUCCAUGCAACAACAACACCAAUUUUCCCUUUUGUCAAAGGUGAAAAAAAGACCAAGAAGAUUUUUGUUUAGCCACCAUUAUGGUGGUGGUGGAAAGAGGUGGCACUAACUAGCUAGCUAGCUGCUGCAGCCUCUUUCUUGAAUAUCUGUUAUUAAUUAAUGCAUGCAUGCAUGGCUUCCCAAUUUCCUGCAGAUGAUUCUAUUGUUCUUGUUGCUGUUGAUAAAGAUAAGAAUAGCAGUUCUGCUGUAAAAUGGGCUAUUGAUAAUCUCCUUAUUAAUACUAACAAUCUUGUUUUGGUUCAUGUUCGUGUCAAGAAUUCACCAAAGCGUAGCUGCUUCAGAUUCAAAUGGAGGGUCAAGUGAUGAAGCUGCUCAAAAUGUCUUCACACCUUUCAGAGCUUACUCUGCACGCAAAAGGAUAGUAGUGAAAGAGAUUGUCGUUGAGAAUACUGACGUGACCAAGGGACUUAUCGACUACAUCAACAAUCACUGUGUCACCAACGUUGUUCUUGGUGCAUCGUCUAGGAGUGCUCUUGGCAGGAAAUAUUGGACUCAUGAUGUGCCAACGAUGAUGAAUAAGGCUGCGCCAGAAUUUUGUACUGUCUACGUAGUUUCAAAAGGCAAGCAACAAUCAGUCCGGCCAGCAGUAAAACCUCUAGGUUCUCCUGCACCAGCAAGACAAUCAUCCUCAUCAGCGUGGUCACCGUCUAGGUUAAGUAACUCCUCAGACGAUUCAUCCAGGUUAACAUAUACGAGAGCUGAGCAAAAGAUUGCAGAAUCUGACAAGAUGAGGCUAUCUAAUGGAUCGAUAGAUAAUCUUCAUGCUCCCGAGACAACAAGUUCACAAAGGCACACUCCUCAAUCAGAUGGUAGUAUGCGGUAUGCUCGUAUUAGCCCUAGAUCAGUUGAUCUAACGGGCGAAAAUCUUGACUUCACACAAGUUGGAAUCAAAGAUACUGCAAUGAAUGGAAACUCAGCAUAUGCAAUGGACGCUGAGAUGAAAAGACUAAAACUUGAGCUAAGGCAAACUUUGGAUAUGUACAAUGCAGCUUGCAAAGAAGCUAUCAUGGCCAACCAAGCGGCUGACGAGCUUAAUAGAUGGAAAAUGGAAGAAGCUCGCAAGUUUGAACAAGCCCGUCUUGCUGAAGAGGCAGCUCUCGCGAUUGCUGAGACCGAAAAGGCUAAAUGCAGAGCUGCUAUUGAAGCUGCCAAGAGAGCGCAAAAGCUGGCCGAGAUAGAAGCACAAAGAAGGAAAUAUGCGGAGUUAAAAGCUAAGAGAGAGACAGAAAGAAAGAAACAAGCAAUGAAUGUUCGAUCUGAGAAUGAUGUGCGUUAUAGGAAGUAUACGAUAGAAGAGAUUGAGGUGGCCACCAAAAAAUUCUCAGCUUCACAAAAAAUUGGAGAAGGUGGAUAUGGACCUGUUUUUAAGGGAAAACUAGAUCACACACCUGUUGCCAUUAAAGUUCUGAGUCCUGAUGCUGCACAAGGGAAGAGACAGUUCCAACAAGAGGUUGAGGUUCUCAGUCUCAUUAGGCAUCCGAAUCUGGUGCUACUAUUAGGUGCAUGUCCCGAGUAUGGGUGUUUAGUUUAUGAGCUUAUGAACAAUGGAAGCUUGGAAGAUCGGCUGUUUCGGAAAGGUAAUACUCCUUCAAUUCCAUGGGAAAUACGCUUCAAAAUUGCUGCUGAGAUUGCAACCGGGCUUCUAUUCCUUCACCAAGCAAAACCAGAACCACUUGUUCACCGCGAUCUAAAGCCAGGAAAUAUUCUGUUGGACAAAAAUUAUGUCUGCAAAAUCAGUGAUGUUGGUUUGGCAAGGUUAGUACCACCAUCAGUAGCCGAUAGUGUGACACAAUAUCACAUGACUUCAGCUGCCGGGACAUUUUGUUAUAUAGAUCCUGAAUAUCAACAAACAGGAAAGUUAGAGACGAAAUCAGAUAUAUAUUCGCUUGGUGUGAUGUUGCUCCAAAUUAUUACUGCAAGGCCUCCGAUGGGUUUAACUCAUCACGUUGAGAGGGCCAUCGAGAAAGGUAAGUUUGCAGAUUUUUUAGAUCCAACAGUGCCAAACUGGCCGGUGGAAGAGGCUCUUACGUUUGCAAAAUUGUCGCUCAAAUGUGCUGAGCUAAGGAAGAAAGACAGACCAGAUCUUGGUUCAGUUAUCGUCCCUGAGCUUAAUAAGCUUAGUGAAUUCGGAAUGAGCAGCAUGUCAAGUAUCGCUAGCUAAACUUUGCCCUCGUGCAUCUUCAAUACUCAAAGAUAUCGCCCAAACACACACGAUGGAUAAACUACUGUCAGCCACAUGGCUUCUUCUCGUUACUAACAUCUAAUCGAGUGCAGUAAACAUCAGCGGAAUAGUGCAUUUUCCUUUUUCGCGAGUUCAUCGAGUUGAAGUUGAAGGAAAGAAAAACCUUUGAGUGUUCAACUUGUUGAAACAUUAAGAUCAAAAGCAAAGUGAUGAGUGACAAUGUGAUAUACAUUUUUACCUGUUCUUGCAGGAUUCCUGAUUUAUGAUUUGAAAAUGCUGCUUCUGUUUCA